AUGUACGACGGACCCGUCAGAGGAGGUGAGCGCAAAGGUGUGCAUGAUGUUGACUCUUCAGGGAGCCGCGGCGGCCAAGGCGAUUUCCGACGUGAAGAACUCGAAGCACCGAGAGAAGAGAUCCGGAAACUCAAGGAGCAAGAGGAAGAGGCCUUGUCUGCUGCCCUGGGUUUUGCUCCAGCCAAGUCUUCUGGAGAGGGAUCAGGCGCAAACAGCAUUCCGGUUAGCGGUGACGACAAGGAGAGGAGGCGACAGGAGAAAAUGGCUCAGAAGCGACUUGACAGGCAGUUGCGACGUGAGGAACGCUACGAGAGGAGGCACAGGACCAAAGGUCGCUCCUCAAGAGGUAGAGAACGUAGCCCCUCGGAUCGUCGAGAGCGAGAAGGUCGUGACCGAGAUCGCAGAGACCGUGCGCCUCGCUCUCGGUCACCGCAUAACUAUAGGGUUGUAGAUGAUGAUGCCUAUGAGUCCGUUGCAGAGGUAUACCUAACUUUCAGCGGCAAAGACUCAAAGGCCAAGUCGGGCGCCGGCCACUCUGGUGGUUCCCACCACCAGAACUUUUGGCCCGUGACGUCCUACAACAGCGGCUACGGACAGCUCACAGACAAGGACACCGAGGUGAGUGCGGCCGGUUGUGGGACCAAGUUGACAUCUCAGUGGUCGUGUGUCAGCAACAAGGGCUUCCAGACUGAGACCCAGACGUGGUACUCGGUGUUGGCCGAUGGGAGCAUCCUCAUGGUUCAGGUCAUUUGGAGCUACCUCGGCGUGUUCCUCAUCCCUGCCACGGCUCAGAUGACCUUCAAGCUGUUCAACCCGACGACCAAGACGACCACCUGGAAGUCGGUCAACGUUUCCAACUUUAAGCAUGACGGCCGCAACUGCAAGUCAGACUCUUUCGAGAUCAAGCACUCGGGUUCGGCCAGUGGCGAGGAGGCUUACCACAUCACUGCAAACCUCGAUAAGAACGUCCAGAUUGACACUGUCUGGACCAGGCCUGCCUCUGCUCCCGGCUGCAAGUACGGCACAGGCGAAGACGGAGGGUUCUCGUACUUUGGCAAGGACAAGUCGGAGGACAAGCGCGAUGCUCUCGUGGUCCACAGUGGCCAGGUUGUCAUUGACGGCAAGGCCAUUGAUGCCACUGGCAACGCCAUGUUUGUGGAUGCCAUUCAGGGAGGCAUGCGCCCCAACCUGGACGAUUACGGUCCCGCCGGAAAGGGAUCGGGUCACGUCAAGGUCAACAUUGGCGUCAUUUACGCCUCGAACCUGUCCGCGCCUCUGCUAGUCGUCGGCCAGACUCACACGCCUGAGCCUACCUCUGUUUUCCCCGUCCCCAACCAGGACGUUUCCACCGCCACCCACCUGAACACUUACAAGGACGACACCGGUUACAUGGCCCCGAAGGGACUGGCGUUUGUCUUUGGUGGUGUGCGUGAGGACAACAAGGCCCCUGCCAAGGCGGAGCUUGUCAUUGACGACGUUACCAAGGGCUUCAUCGAAAAGGUCGAUGUGCUUGCCGAAAUUCCGUACGUCAUUCGCAAGGGCUACGCCGCCAUCUCGGGCACCAAGCCCUUCAUCUUCCAGUACCACAACCCGGCCACCCUCCAGGUGGACCUCGGCGACAAGACGGUCCCCGUCAAGGGCUGGGUUUACAACGAGGCUUCCUUCAUUUCGCAGUAG